AAAAUUAAUCCGUUUUUCCGGCCGAAAAUGAGUGGAAGAGGCGCAUUCCUUUCGGUUUCGUAGGUUCAGAAGUUGAAAAAUUCACCCGCGAGAGCGCAGCCGCUCCCUGAUACAUUUAUUUCAGUCGCCGGGAUCAAAUUUCCCGUCGAGCUUUUGCGCCGUCGUAUCCGUAGAAGAAGACGGCCAGAAGAGCACCUAGUCGGUUUAGUGCAGUUCUUGUAGCGAGGUGGAGGUGUUUUAAUAUAACUUUGUGUAUGAAACUGUGCUAUCGGUAAAUUUGUGUUUACAUUUCGAGCAAUAUCCGACAUAAAACAGGCCCGAAGGUAAAUCAACAUUUAUGACCAAGGUGUAUCCAGAUCAUGAUGGCUGAGACAGUGAAGAAAUCGAGAAUAGUAAGUGAGGAUAACUUGGAAGAAUCACUAAUGGAAGAGUUCAAUAUGCGUCUUAGAAACUGCCUUAGCCAAGAUCCGCUCGAAAACGACGCAGAAUCACCGCGACAACAAGAAGAGAACCUCUACGAGAACAUCGAGACCGUCAAAACCACGGCUACCAUCACCAAGACCUUCAUCCAGACUGAGAGGACCGAGGAGAUCCUGAACGAGUCCAAGAUGUCGAACGGCCACGCCACCGACCUACCACACAAGACCGAGAACAUAUACGAGAACGUCCAGAAAACGUCCUCCGAAUACGUGGACAUGGAGAGCAACGUCGAGAAGAAGGAGACGGUCAAGGCGGAGGCGAUCUACGAGGAUCUGAGGACUGAGGACGAACCGGAAGUGACGAAACCCAGUUUCACCCUCCUCACGGCGGCCUCAAUGGAGGCGCCCGACCUGAAAUCCGCCAAAGACCGCAUGCUGCUCUCCACCGACGACACGUCCACGUUGUUCUUCACGCAGACCGUCACGUCGCCGAUGCUGACGCCGUCCGAGGAGAACGUCGACUUCCUGAAGGGUUUCAGGAGGGAGUCGAGCGCCAACUCUUCCCCCAAAGACAGCAGUCGGAGCGAGGAGGCGCCCGCCGCCAACCCGGAGGUGGCGGCGGACACGGAAGAUGUUGUUGAGGCGCUGGAGGAGGCGGUGGAGGAGAUAGAGGCGCCGCCCCCUGCCGAGAAGUACGUGGAGCAGGUGCAGGAGAACAUCUACGAGAACCUUGAGACGAUGGACGAGCAGAUCUACGAGAACGUGGAGGAACUGAAGGCGGGCACGGAUUGUUUCAAUAGAUUGGAAGACACGUCGGAGAACACGUCCGAACCGGCGUCCGAGGAGGUGCAAGACGUGGUCUCGCAGAUCGAGCAACGCAACAGGACGUCGGACUUCGGCGAAGACGACGACGUCACCGAGAUAAGCGACGUGUACUCCUUGGACAAGCAGGUGUCCGACUCGGACUCGUCCAACAUGGUCCUGGACCCUUCCAGGCCGGAGGAUUUCGCGAGGAGGAACGACAGGUUCGGCGUCAUCCAGGACUACAUAAACAACGAGAGGGAUUACCAGGAGGACGCCGGCAGGGAGGAUCUGGAGCCCCAGAAGGUCGGUUACGACGACGCUGAGGUCAUAGAGUACAUCGCGAUGACCGAAGAGCCCAAACGGAAGGCUCACGUUGAUCCUCCCAAGGUCACCGAGGAGGCUAAACCGCAGGAAAGUGGAGACUACCGUCAGGAGGACGAAACGGACGAGGCCUUCUACGAGGCCAGGUCUCCAGCCCAGACCAGGAUAGUGGACGAGAUUGUCAAGAACUACGUGUCGACCAAAUCCGACGCCGGCGUCAAGAACCGCGAGAAGGACACGGAAACCGUGCCGGCCAAGAUCGUCCAGAACCUAACCUCGCAGUUCAUGAAGGGCGGCGACGAGAGGGAAGACGCCGCCGGGAAGGGCAAGAAACACGACGUUAACCAGCUGAAGUCGGUGGACAUCAUGAGGCAGAUCAACAAGUUCGAACAGAAAGACGAUACAGUGGAGAGCACCCAAAUAACGGAAACUUACGUGGAAACGACCACUGCGUUCGACUCUGACAUGGCCGAAAAAGCGAUGAAAAAGAAAAAAACCAAAAAAUCGCGCAAGGAAGAAAAAGAAAACAUUUCAGUUAAUGAAACUAACCUGGAUUCGUUUUAUAACGUGAACGUUAAGAGUUUGUGUAGGAGUUUUGGAGAUUUAACAAAAAUCGAUGAUAAAAGUAGAAAAUCGCAUCCUAAAAAGGAAUAUUCACUAGAAAAUAGGAUGCGUUCAAAAUCUCUGAACUCCCUAACAUCAUCAAAUCACAGACAUAUCGAUAAGAGUCUGUCUGGAGUUUCUGUGAAGGCGUUGAAAGAGAAAUUUUACUCGAGCUCUCAUCAUGGCCAAGAAAAAACACAUGAUUACACGAGGUCCAAACUUAGUUUAUUAUGUAGCAGUAGUCAAAACCUAGCUCCAGUGAAAUCGAGUUUCAGCAAAUUCGACGCUCUACAGAAGAAGAACGUUUUGCACAUAAGAAGCAGCGAUUCCACCAAAGCUCAGGAAAAAUUCAACGGAACGGCUAUCGACGCAACACUCUGUAAGUGCUGUGGCAAACAAGCGUUUCAAAUGGAACAGAUCAAGGCGGAGAAGGCGGUCUGGCACAAGAACUGCUUCAGGUGCCACGAAUGCAACAAACAGCUGAACGUUGACACUUAUGAAAGUCACGAAGGAACAUUAUACUGUAAACCCCAUUUCAAGGCACUUUUUGUCCCAAAGGCUGUGGACGACACGGAUGAACCACCUAAACAGAGAAAAACAGAAGUAAUAAUACGUGAAAAUCAGCCUGUAGAAUUACCUCCAGACGUAGUUAGAGCGAGCGAUAAACCAGAUCUGGGUCUCGAAGAACUGCAGAGCCUCAAUGUCAAAGAACGUUUCCAAGUCUUCGAACAGCACCAAACAUCAGACAAUACGAUAGAACGUACCCAAGUUAACGUUAAGAGAUCUCCUUCCAUACUAUCUAAGUUAGCCAAAUUUCAGUCCAAAGGGAUGGACAUAGGGGUGACCGACGAAUCCCUGAACGGUAUACCCAUCGAGGAAAGCUCAUCUGAAGAGGAAGAGGAUAUACCGGACGGAGAAGACGCGGAACUGGUGAGAGCGAAGAGGGUCCAAAAGGAGAAACCUUUCCAUUUCACCGGAAUGUCGGACGUGAAGAACAAGUUCGAACACGGCGAAUCUAACGGGAGAGACGAGAGGAGGGAGGAGAGAAAACAGGAAAUACAGUCGAUUAGGAAUAAAUUGUUCAUGGGUAAACAGGGUAAAAUGAAGGAGGCGUAUCAGGAGGCCGUCAUGAAGUCCGAAUCCACUGUUAAUAUGAAGAAGGAGGAGAUCAAAGUUUGUGAUACUAAGACGAUAAAGGAGAGGUUCGAGAAGGGCGAGAUCGUUCAGGAGGGCGUCAGGGAGGGCAAGGAUGAAGAGGAGCAAGAGGUGUACGAGAGUGAGAUUAGCAAAAAGUCAAGGUCUCUCUUCCUCCAACUAGACGCUAACGCAUCGAAAGCUCCCCAACUAUCGGCGGUAACCCCCAAGCUCGAAGUCAGAAAAGCGAGAGAGGCCUUUAUACUGAAGUCCGCCUCUCAGGACACUGUCAAGUGUACAGAACAGAUAGACGACGUUACCGUGGAAACGGCCGACAUACAGCAGAGGUUUAAAUUUUUCGAGACCUACAGAGAGCCGGAGAAAGAGAGAAAACAGUUCAGGAUCACGCCCCCCAGAGAGGGGCAAGUCAAGGGUUCCACUCCGGAAAGGGAAUUAUACCACGAUCCAGACAUAGUGAGAGCAGACGAAGUGAUCGAGGAUUCUGUCAUAGCCAAGGAAACGCACACAGCUACGAAAAUGUUGAACAAAUUCAGACAAAUGGAGGAAAACAUGUCGAAGGAGCCACAACCUCAAGGCCUUAAACCCUUAAAAAGGUUCACACCCCCGCCAGAACCAGCCAGGGAAGACAGAUCGAGUGAAGAAGAAGGCUCGGAAAGUGAGGAGGAGGAGGAAGACGAAUUGGACCAAAUUCACUCUCAAAAACUAGAAGACGAGGAUCUCAUCGAGGCAAAAAAGGCUGCCCGUGCCAAACAGCUGAAGGCCAAGUUCGAGAGGUGGGAAGCGAAAGAAAUCAAAAAAGAACAGACCAGCUCCAUAACCAUCAAUGAAGACGAACAAUCACAAAUUGAGUCGACAAAAUUAUUGAGGGAAAGAUUCGAAUCGAUGAGGGAAUCUCACACGGAAACAAAUAAACAGCCAAAAAUAAAAGUUAACAGAUUUGUGGAAUUAUCCAACAUCAUGGAAUAUUGCGAGGGGUGUGAGAAGAGGGUAUAUCCACUGGAGAAGAUUUCAGUACACGGCAGGCUUUUUCACAAAUCUUGCUUUAAAUGCAAAGAGUGCAAUAGCAUCUUGAGAAUGGAUUCUUACACCUACAACCAAGGUAGGUUGUAUUGUACUCCCCAUUUCAAGAGGUUGUUCAUCACGAAGGGAAACUACGAUUCCGCAUUCGGUUUCGAGGGGCACAAAGAAAAAUGGAACUCCGCAGUAGCAUAAGAGACGAUUCUUCAUAUAUAUAUGUGAUAAUAUAUAAUAUAACUUGCGUUAUUACAAAUACCGUAGCCUUAUAUUUGUACUUACUUGCCUAUUCUUAAGUUUACACGUAUCAUCCAUUUAUUUUCUCAUGGAAAAAUAUUUUAUUUAUAUUAUAUUACCUUUUAUUGUGAUUUUAUAUUUUUAAAUAAAAUAAAUUCAUUUGAAAACAA